AUGCCUGCUGCGCCGAAACAGAGGAAGAUUGCCAUUGUUGGUAGUCGGUCCGUGGGCAAAUCGUCUCUUACGGUCCGAUUUGUUGAACAUCAUUUUGUCGAGAGCUAUUAUCCUACCAUUGAGAAUACGUUCAGUCGCAUCAUCAAGUACAACGGUCAGGAUUUCGCCACAGAGAUCGUUGAUACAGCUGGUCAAGAUGAAUACAGCAUACUUAAUUCUAAGCACUUUAUCGGAAUACACGGGUAUAUCAUUGUCUAUUCUGUAGCGUCCCGCCAGUCGUUUGACAUGGUGAGGGUUAUACGCGACAAAAUUCUGAAUCAUCUUGGAGCGGAUCACGUUCCUCUCGUGGUUGUUGGAAACAAGAGCGAUCUCAAAUCGGAACAGCGUCAAGUUUCGCUGGACGAGGGUAGGCAAUUGGGCGAAGAGUUUCAUUGUGCCUUCACUGAGGCUAGUGCUCGUCUCGACUACAACGUCACAAAAGCGUUUGAUUUGAUGAUUGGCGAGAUUGAGAAGUCCCAGAACCCGUCCCAACCAGCAGGCGGCAGCAAGUGCGUCCUAAUGUAG